AUGGCAAUAUCUUCAAGCGCAAACAUAAUUGUCGACCCAGGUGGAGAUUUAGUCCUUCUCUUGAACCCGACCAUACGAAACUCCUCAAAAUCCGAUUCUUCUUCUUCAGCAAACCCUGUGGCUACGGGUUCAAAGAUGAUACGUUCCCUUCAAGGUGAAAUAUCAGAGACCUCGCAGCACGAGCCAACCCCGAUCUACAGCGAUCACAUACUGGUAUCUUCGAAGCAUAUGUCUCUAGCUUCUCCAAUAUUCAAAGCAAUGCUACAGGGCGGAUUUAGAGAGGCUAUUACGCUGAAGGAAAUAGGAAGGCUUGAGGUUCCACUUCCGGAUGACCAUCCUGCUGCCAUGAAAAUACUGAUCAAUAUGAUCCACGGCCGCAUGAACUCAAUCCCUUUAAGGAUUGACUUGAAGUUGUUCACGUGGAUAGCUAUUCUGGUAGAUAAAUACCGAUGCGCAGAAGUCAUUGGCCCGUACCCUAGCAUUUGGAAAAUGGAUUUGCAGGAUUGGACUAAUUCAAGCUCAGAUGUUGCCCGAUGGCUUUGCAUAGCUUGGCAGUUUGAGCUACAUGAGGAAUUUCUUCGAGCUACAAAGUUGAUACAGUUGCAAAGUACAUGUGAUCUCGAGACGACAAUUGCGAAAUUGAGGUACAAUCUGCCAAUUCCAAAAAAGGUAACUGACAAAAUAGAGAUGUGUCGACAAGAAGGGAUCAGAAAAGCCGUCAAGUUUCUGGAAAAUUUCAUCACGAUGUAUCAAAAAUCUGAUAAUCGUUGUACUGCUAGGACAAUCCCAGAGAUUGAGUACAAGGAUACAACCCGAAGGGAUUUAUACGGUAGUUAUGGAUACCCUAGACGUCCAAUCGACGAUCAAUCAAAACAGAUAUCAUUCCUGAACUAUGAUGAGGUUGUCUCCUACAGACGAGACUGUGACUCGAUGCUACUUGGCUCUUUGACAAAGAGUUUGAUUGAGCAUGGAUUGUUUCCUCUGCCACCAUCUCCAUACACUUCAUGGUCUAUAAAAUAUCUGCGCCAAAGAAUUGAGCUCCUCGAGGCCAGUAGUUUAUGUUCCAGACUUCUAGAGACAUCUGUCGUCCGACAUGACGUCAUCGACGGACUCAAGAAGUCUGUUCGUACUAUUUCGGUAUUAGGUCUAACUUUGAAAGACGGUAAGAAGUUGGUUAGCAAUAAAUGA